GAUGUUGCUCGGGCGGGUAAAACCAGCGGAUGGGGAGGGGGGAGAGAUGUGAGUAAAGAAUUAGGUUUGACGUCACAUGACCACCUCUUACUCCCGACCCCGUCAUUUGAGAAAAAACGUAACGCUGUCGUAGCCGCCGCAGAUCUCGUCGUUUUCCUCCAACGCGUUUUAAUGCAGGUUAAUCCACAGAUUGCUAUUUAAACCAACGGAGGGCUUCUAAACGGACUUCACCGAAGUUUCGUUUUCAAGGCAGCUGAGAAUACAGUCGGCGUGCCUUUUACUAGUGGAGGAGAUAACUGAACGGGCAUCAUGGCAGAAAACAACUUCCCUCCCCUGCCUCGAUUCAUCCCCCUCAGGCCAUGCUUUUAUCAAGACUUCAAUGAGAUCCCAGACCAACAUCGUACCAUGUGCAAAAGGCUCUACUACCUGUGGAUCUUGAACAGCGCCACGCUGGCUGUCAAUCUGAUCGGCUGUCUGGCGUGGAUGUGCGGAGGCGGCGGAGCGACCAACUUCGGCAUGGCCAUCCUGUGGCUCAUCCUCUUCACACCUUGCUCCUACGUGUGCUGGUUCAGGCCCAUCUACAAGGCCUUCAAGACCGACAGCUCUUUCAACUUCAUGGCGUUCUUCUUCGUCUUCAUGGCGCAGGUGGUGAUCAGUAUCAUUCAGACUGUUGGCAUUCCAGGCUGGGGUGUGUGUGGCUGGCUGGCUACCAUCACCUUCUUCAGCACCAACAUUGGAUCAGCUGUGGUCAUGCUGAUUCCCACCAUCAUGUUUACCGCGGUGGCCGUACUGUCCUUCAUUGCACUCACAAAGGUGCACAACUUCUACCGGGGUACCGGGGGCAGCCUGGGUAAGGCCCAGGAGGAGUGGGCCAGCGGGGCUUGGAAGAACCCCCACGUCCAGCAGGCGGCCCAGCAGGCGGCGAUGGGAGCCGCCCAGGGGGCCGUGCAGCAGAACCAGUACUCUGCAGCUCCCACCUACAACUACGACGAGCCCAUGUAGGCCAGAGGAGGAGGAGGAGGAGGGGGGAGCUGGGGAAAGGGAUCAAUUAAGAACGCAAGUCCGAAAUAGGCGCCCUUCAUUGUAACACUGUACACGCUGAAUUCAAACCGGAACAAUGUAGAGAAAAGUCAUGUCUUUGGUGGAAGUGUGCCGGACAUUCACGGAGUUAAUAUUCAAGUCACUUCACAUUUAAACCAACAGUAAGCUAUGGAAAAAAAGCUGUUUUAUUUUAUUUAUUUUUGGAUAAUGAUCAAUGUUAGCUGGUCUGUGUGUGUGUGUGUGUGUGUGUGUGUGUGUGUGUGUGUGUUGCUUUCCAACAGAGACACAUGGUACAGCUAAAAGUCUCCUGAGCUUCAUUCGUUUAAUCGGGUGGACUCGUCCGUCACACUCUUUAGACAUUGCUCGAUUACGUUUAAUGUGUUUUUCAUGUACUGUAGUAGCUAGAUGGUAAACGUGUUUACUUUCAUUAGCCUUGAAGGUCACCAAAGGCUAAAUAUAUUUACCCUCGGUGUAGCUGCUUAAUAUUCAGCUGACGUUUGUCAUUAAAGGGAUGAGUCAACAAAUUCCUUUUGCUUUCUGUAUGAAUCUAGUCCUUUUAGGUUUAGGGUAAAAUUCUUAAGUUUAUUAUUUGGGAGCAUAUUAUUCUUUUGGUAGUGGUCAAUUGUUUUCUUACUUAUUGUAAUCGUUAUGACUCAUUUGUGGAAAAAUAGGCUGUUCAACAAGAUCUAAAUCUUGACAAAAUGAGCAUUUCAAAUCUAACAAUUAAUAAUGAUAAUAAUUCAAAAAAUAGGAUGAUGAAUUAAAAAUAAAAAAAUUGUCUGUAAAUGUAAGUUAGAAUCAAGCGGGUAUUUCCCCAAAUUCCCAAACCUAUGUAUAUUAUAAAGCAUUUUUACGGUAGAUAUUUUGUGAACAUUUCCAUUAAAUUCAGCCUAUCUGUUACAUUCUCAGGAAAGGGUUUAAAUUCUAUCCGUAAAGCCCUCAACGUGUCAACAUGUUGGGCAUUUGUCUCCCUUUUAAUCACCUUUUUUCAUCCAUUCUGUUAAGCACGGGUUAUUUGUUAAGUGGGUUGAUUUCAGUUCAUCUAUUUAUUUAUUAUUACAGGUCAAAGUGAAGCACACGCGGUAUUUAGGGACUUAAGUUCAUUGGAUGAAACAUUCCAAAUCAACGUUGUACACGUUCAAAGUGGAAGAAAACCAAACACCCGAGGGUCAGACAUGUAGUAAAUAUUAACAAUCAUUGUGGUAGGUGCAUCGUAUGCAAUGAUGGAUGUUUUCAGCCCACUUACCCCUCCAUGUAAUUGGUAAUGACUACUUGUUCCUGAAGAUCUGGAUUUCAGGCCUUAGUGUGUAAUUCCGUGGCUGUCGGUGUUAUUCUAUGAGUAGGUGUGAUAUGAUAUUUACAUAAAAGGAAAUAUAAAAUAUGAGCCAAUUAUUUCUUUACGAAGUAAAAGAAAAGACGGAAUAUUUGUGUGUGUGCGUGUGUGUGUUGCUGUUGAGUCAGAGUCUCAUUUGGGUUUUCAGUGUCACUCAAGUCUUUAAAAACAUCCUCAACAUUCAGUAGAUGGUUAUUACAGUAAAACAGUAUUUGACUUGAAACAGAAGUUGAGAUUCGUCUCCGAAUGCUCUUUCAAAACCUGUGAGUCGUCUUGUCGGAAUGUGAUGGUGUGGUAUUCAAUAGGCCGUUGUUUUGGAUGAUGUGUGGAUGUGUUUGAAGCACACGCCCUCUGUGUCUUCCCAUAGCUGUGGGCAACUGAUUUUUUAAUUUUUUUUAUGAAUCAAACAAAUACAUUUGAUAUGGCUGCACUCUUGGUUACCUGAUGACACCAGUGCAGACUAAACAGGAACAUAUUAAAGAGUCAUCUCAUGAGGAUCAGGUGGGGUUUAAAUAUAGACGGGAACAGUAGCGACCAUAACAUUAACUGUUAUGACUUGAAAAUGGGUUGGAUACCACCGCUAUAGUUUGGGACAUGCAUUGCAUUUUCACCAGCAGACGCACGUUAGUUAUGAAUCGUUACCCUGGAAACCACCCACGAUCCCAUCCGUUAGCAAAUGCACAAACUGUAACCGGUCCAAGUGGAAAGUCCGCAUCAAGGGAUGCUUUUGGUUCAGCCCAAGCUUCUUUUUAUUUCGUGCCAUAUGUACGUACGUCCUGUGUGAUUUUGGAAAGGACAGCUAUGUGGUCAACAUGCAGCAGGAGCUGCAGCGCAUUAACACUCUGCAUUUCACGCUGCUGGAUCAACGCUUCUGAAAGCCAUUUCUUGUGAACUCCCCCGUGUCCUGUAUGUUGUUUGAUAUGUAUAAUCAUGUACUAUAUCAUUCCUAGGUAUAAAAUAUACGAGUACUUGAGGUUAGGUAAAUAUUUGCCAUGGAUAAACACAUUCAAUAUAAACAUGUUGUGAUUUGGUGAAUGAAAGGUUUGAGGAGGCCGUGUCUCCAUGAAUGAAGUAAAUGAGGAAUACAUUUUUGUGGAUUACUUUUGUAUUAUUUGGUCUUACCCUAAUAUAUAUUAAACAGUUAUUGUUGAA